GCCGGAUAUUCGGGGCGAACAGAUCUGGUACCUACACCGGGUACAGUCCGCAUGCCUGCACCGGAUAGUCUGUUUACAGUUUCUGGUCAUUUUUACGGCUUUGUCGAGGCUCAGAAAGCACAAGGAUGAAUAAUCGAAGCGGUGGCUCCCUGGACAGUCGGCUCAGACAUAGAGUGGAGCAGUAUCUGGGUUCAAGCAGCAGUGAAUAUGUGGACAUUUCAGCCGUGGCUCUCGAUCUGCAAAAACAAUACAGAAAGGACUAUGGCAGAAGAAACAAGACAGCGUUCAGGAUUCAAGUAGAGAAAGUGUAUGAAGAGAUCAUGAAGGAAUCUGGGCUAAAUGACCUGGAGUGCAAACACUUGCAUAAGAAAGCCAAGUACAGCCAUAAUCUGACUGGUGAUGGUAGCAGCAGCAACUCAGAGGAGUCCUCAGAUAGUGAUGACCACAUUCUGGACAAUCCUCCCGCCAACCUCAUGAACAACUCUCUUACAUCUCUGUACCGGAAGAUAAAUCCUGCUGGUGGCAGUCCUGGCAGCACAUCCUCUGAACCAGGAAAGCUGACCUCGACAGGGGGUUGGUUCAUUGACAGAAAUCGAGGCCCAGAGAAGGGCAUUAUUGACCUGUGUGAAGAGAAGCCAACAAAUCUGCCACCAACUGCAAUGUAUUUUUGUCACCAGCGGGCAAAUUUAUCCAUCAAGCUUGACAAGUUUCCUGAAAUCUCAAAAAAGGGGACAAAGAGCUCAGCUGAAAGUACUGAGUCUGGCACCCUGACCAAGAAAGCAAAAACUAAGUCUCCAGAGCUGCAGUACUCUACUCUGAAGUUUGAAGAUGUAGGGGGUAAUGAAGACACAUUAAUGGAGGUUUGCAAGCUGCUGAUCCACAUGCGUCACCCAGAGGUGUACCAGCAGCUAGGAAUGGUUCCUCCAAGGGGUUUUCUCCUCCAUGGUCCUCCAGGCUGUGGAAAGACCUUACUGGCCCAAGCUGUGGCUGGAGAGUUGCAGUUGCCCAUGUUGAAGGUGUCUGCCCCAGAGCUGGUGUCAGGAGUGUCUGGGGAAUCUGAACUCAAGCUUAGAGAACUGUUUGACUUGGCUGUGAGCUCUUCCCCAUGUAUCCUGUUCAUUGAUGAAAUUGAUGCCAUUACACCUAAAAGAGAGGUGGCCUCUAAAGACAUGGAGAGAAGGAUUGUAGCCCAGCUACUAACCUGCAUGGAUGAUUUGAAUGGUCUGGUGAGAGCUCAAGUCCUCGUCAUUGGUGCCACCAACAGGCCAGACUCCCUAGACCCAGCCCUUCGGCGAGCUGGGCGCUUCGACAGAGAGAUCUGCCUGGGCAUCCCCAAUGAAGUAGCUCGUUUGAGAAUCUUGAAGACUUUGUGUCGAAAGCUUAAGCUACCAGAAGAUUUUGACUACCAACAUCUGGCACAGCUCACCCCAGGUUAUGUGGGUGCUGACCUAAUGGCUCUCUGCCGUGAAGCUGCCAUGAAUGCUGUCAACAGGGUUCUAUUGGAAAAUAUGGCAUUUCCACAGAGACAAAUCCAGAGCACUACUAAAGACAUGUCUGAAAACAGAUUUCAGACUGAUGGACUGACAGCUGAAGAGGACCGUCAACAACAUGCAGCAGACGUAAUCCCAGUACCUAAGGAAGGGUCCGGACAGAAUCACCUGCAGGGAGAGCUAUGGAACCUCUUACACCUGCUGAAAAACACAAAAAUGCUGUCAGAGGAAGAGUUGGCUGGCCUGUCCAUUGCCAUGACAGAUUUCCAGGACUCUCUGGCCAGUGUCCAACCUUCUGCUAAGAGGGAGGGCUUUGCCACUGUGCCUGAUGUCACCUGGGAGGAUGUUGGAGCCCUACAGGACAUCAGAGAGGAGCUUACCAUGGCUAUACUGGCUCCAGUGCGCUCUCCGGAGCAGUUCCAUGCUCUGGGGCUCAGUGCUCCAUCUGGAAUUCUGCUGGCUGGACCUCCAGGAUGCGGAAAAACACUGCUGGCCAAGGCAGUGGCCAGUGAGUCAGGCCUCAACUUCAUUUCUGUCAAGGGUCCAGAACUUCUCAACAUGUAUGUGGGGGAAAGUGAGCGUGCUGUCAGACAGGUCUUCCAGAGAGGACGCAAUUCAGCUCCUUGUGUCAUCUUUUUUGAUGAGAUUGAUGCUCUGUGUCCACGCCGCUCUGGCCACGAGUCAGGAGCCAGUGUUCGUGUCGUCAACCAGCUGCUUACAGAGAUGGAUGGCUUAGAGGCGCGACGACAGGUCUUCAUCAUGGCUGCAACAAAUAGACCAGAUAUAAUUGACCCUGCAAUACUGAGGCCAGGUCGUCUAGAUAAAACCUUAUAUGUGGGUUUGCCACCUCCAGCAGACCGUCACGCCAUCCUGCUUACCAUUACAAAGGGGGGCGCAAAACCUCAGCUGGAGCAGGAUGUCAGCCUUGAAGAGAUAGCUUUUGAUGAGCGCUGUGAUUGCUUCACUGGAGCAGACCUGACUGCAUUAGUGAGGGAAGCCUCUGUUAAUGCCUUCAGAGCCUACCUGAAAUCCCAGCAUGCUUCAGCUGCUUCUUGUGGUUACACAUUUGUCUCUGGCACUGCUGUUGACAUCAGAGUGAGCAAAGCCAAUUUUGAGGAUGCCUUCAAGAAAGUUCGUCCUUCUGUGUCCAAAAAGAGUAGACACUGCCCUGACUGCUCCAGCGCGAGACACGUUGCUGCCAUCUUGGACCGGUCUAAACUCAGCCUCCAGCUGCAGCUACUACGGUACUGAAACACUGGACCGGAGCACUGUGCAGCUUCUUCUGGAAAAUCAGCGGAACGUACAAAGCGGGACAUCAGGAAUUACUUUUCCUCACAAGUAAGAUUGAACAUCUAUAUUGGUUGUAUGUAGUCGUUUCAACAGUUACUGUCUUGUAAUAAUCUGUUCAGUCAUGGCUAGCUAAUUAAGGCUAACUCAUGUUACUAGCGUGUUGCUAGUUAUAAAAGUUAAUGUUAUGCUAUGAAAGUUAAAGCUGUGAAACUUUAUAAAUCAUGUGUCUAUAAUGCAGAUAUAGAUUACAACUGACAUUAUGAAUACCGUUAACCGUUGGUAUAACACUGACCAGAGUAUUUUACACAGGGUGGCACAGACAGAACGAUUGUAUCCAUCUCUAGCUAGUAAAAUAUUUGUCAUGGCAUUUACCCACUCUUCCUACUUCCAUAUACAAUAAUAUUAUGUUUUUUGUUGGUUCAGAGCAAAUAUGCUAUAUAUAUGAUACAGCUUCAGCCUGUACCACGUGGAGCUUCUGUUUAAGCCUUGGGUAGUGUUCAUGUUUUUCUAAAUACAAUCAAUUCUGAAAAUAUAUUUCAUAAUUUUUUAUGUGCUGUAUAUCUUUUGUGUGUUUCCCCUACAAAUGUGGAGCAAGAAUCCAUCUGCGCACCAGUUCCAGUCCAUCUUCCACUGUCUGAUGGUUGGGUGUCAGUCAGGCAACAUGGUGGUACGGGAUGACACUGUGUCCCUGUCUGCAGUGGACAUGUCCUCUGUCCUCUGACAACAUUUCAGUGUUGUCAUUGGUUGUGCGCAUGUUCCUUAAAAUAAGCCUUCACCACAUCACCAAACUCACCUCUCUUUCGUUUCAGAAGGGUAGUAAAAGAAAUAUGCUAUUUAAAACUGUCCUCUUUCAGUGAUUUUAGCUAAACCCCUUUCAUCAAGAAGUGCUUUGGAGAUCUGGCUUCAUACAGACCACAGUGCAUCUAUGCCCAGCUUCGGGACUCUAUGGGCAGAUGGAGACACGCUCCUGGGUGUUGCUGUUUGCGUCCCUCCUUCAGAUGACAAGGAAACACCAUGCAACCUGACCCAUGCGACUGUUGCUAUGCAACUGACCAAACAACUGGAUCACCUUGGACAGACAGACAGACUUUAAUAAUCCACAAGGGAAAUUACUUCGUCACCAUAGCUUCAUUGCACAUAAAAGUAAACACUCAUAAAACCACAAGAAAGAUAAAUAAAAUGAAAUUAAAUUAAAGUAAAAUAAAAAAUAAGCAUAAUCAAAAAACCUCCAGAAUUAGCAUUAUUAAAAUACGCAAAAAGUAGUUGUCAAAAUAGUGUCCAAGGUGAUGUUUUGCCAGUUGUAUAGCAACAGUGGUGUGGAUUGUGUCGUCAUGUUGUUUUUCAUCAACGCUGUUUCCUUAUCAGCUGAGAGUGGGAUGUAAAUUCAAAAGGACUGUGUCUGCCUGUAGAGUCUGACUCUGGGCAAAGACUCACUGUGGUCCCAUGAACCAGGUCUCCAAAGCACUUCUCAUGACACACUAAAGCGCACACAGUCCAUUGAUCCUGCUGCCAAAAAUCUCAAGUUCUCUGUGAGUACAGAUGAGUUUUGCCAACUACUUUUGUAAAUUUGUUUAAUGCUAAUUCUGGAAGUUUUUUGAUUACACCAUUUUAUUUUAUUGUACUAGAUAAUAUUUAUUUUUCAUUUUAAUCAAAGCUUGUUUUAUUUUAUCUUUGUUUUUACUUGUGGUUUUUGAGAGUGUUAAUUUUAUGUGCAACUAAGCUACUGUGACCAAGUAAUUUCCCUCGUGUAAAAAUUGUGAAAAAUUCCCCCGUUAAAGUCUAACUUUAGAUGAGAUAGGUUAUUAGAUUACGUUAAAUAAAUAAGACCGAUUAGAUAACAUAAAAUAAGAAAGAUAGGCUAUACAUAUAAUAUAUAUUGCAUAUUAUUAUAAAUAUAUUUCCAGUUUGUUACAGAUAACACUGUAUGUCUAUAUAUGUAUUAUAUAUUAUUGUAUAUAUUGUAUAUUGGUGCGAAUAACUUAAUUUUACAGAUGUAUUUUCCGUAUUUCAAAUAUCUUUGUGUUAUCUAUGUUAUAAUGAUAACACAUAUGGACCAUGCUGGUUUGAAAUAAAGUUCAUAUAAUUAUAUUCAGAGAAUCAGACAUUAUUUCCUCUAUUUUUAAUUAAGUAAAAGAGCUGAAUAGUGCUGUUUCUUUGUAUGUGUGUUAUUUGAUACACUACAAACAUCAUGUACCUGGACACAGACUCAAAAUAUUUUAUUACUAUUAAGCCUACUGUGUGCGUAUGUAUGAAAAUGUCAAUAAUAAUCCUGUAUGAUAUCCACGUCUGACGUUUGUAGCAAAGAAAACCGCAGGAAAAUAGUUUGAGAAUCCUGUGAGUUCUGGUCACAUUAAUUCCUGUUAAACAGGUAAGUUAAUGGAGCUGAUGACCGAUCCAAGAUGACUCGUCAGGUCGUGGACUGGUAGCAGUCAAUGUGGCAUCUACUCUUUUAUUAUGUCUAUGGGAGCCAAAGGAGGCGACUUCAAACCAGGAGGUCUGAGGAGCUUAGCGUUGUACAAUGACACAAGCAUUUAACCUCAGACACUGGGCGACCAACCGUGUGGCAGUCAGACAUGGUCAAGCAAUGUACCACUUCCUCCAAAUACAAGAAUAUCUGAGGGUUAGCGGUUGUGCCGGUGUAAGACAUUACAGCCGUGGCCAAAAUUUUGAGAAUGACACUAAUUUUAAUUUUCAGAAAGUCUACUGCCUCGUUUUUUUUGAUGGCAGCAUACUACAGAAUGUUACGCCGAGUGAUCAGGUGAAUUGCAGUUAAUUGCAAAGUCCUUCUGCCAUGAAAAUGAACUUCAUCCCAAAAAAACAUUUCCAAUGCAUUUCAGCCCUGCCACAAGAGGACCAGCUGACAUCAUGUCAGUGACUGUUGCUGACAAGAACAAGGCUGGAGAUCACUUGUGAUGCUAGUUGUGUUUGAAUGACAAACUGGAAGCUUCAAGAGGAGGGUGGUGCUUGAAAUUAUUCAGUGCGUUUAUAUGCACGUGAAACUAAUUAUUGCCUUAAUCGGACUAUAACAGAAGAACUUAAGUGCAUGUAAACACGUUACUCCGAUUAAAACCGGAGUUCUCAUUGUCCGAUUGAGACACCCAGAUAAUGCGAUUGGAAU